AUGGCCUGGAUGCAGGCGCCGAGAAACGUGGAAGACUACACGAGUUCCAGCCCAUCACCCGAGCGCUCGACCGGCGCACCGUCCACGUCGUACCACCCAGCGUCGCGCGAGCCGUCUUCAACGAGAGGAAGGGCGCUGAGCGCUGCGAGUCCGCACAAUGCGUCGCCGAGAACAAUAACACCUGCACCGCAAGUACGGGCGAACCAAAGCAUCGAGCUCGAACGGAAGCCAUCCGCAUCCUAUGGCCACCACCGACAGACGUCGAUUGUGCAUGGAGUGCAGCAUUCACGAAACCCCAGCCUGCUGUCCACCACAAACGUGACCCCAUUGAGCCCACAGAAGGCCAUGGCGAAGUCGGCAGGGCCAGAUGGGCCCACGCAUGGCGCCGUGCCUGGCUUGAAGAAAAGUCCCUCAAUGUCUACGCUCCACAGUAGCAAGCCAAACGGCUCAAGUAUGAACGUCAAUGGAAGCUUCGAAAGAGCAGAAUCGCAACGGCGUGCGGACAGAAUGCACAGUCAAAGGUCAAAGCGGGACUACGAGCAUCAGCGAUCGCAUUCAAGGAUGCAAGCACCAGGAGUUCCGGAGAUGCGGACGGUCGGCGAGCUCGCACUUCACCACAUGUUCACUGCGUUCAUUGCCGAAGCAGAGGAACGUAUCGAAAGAUGCCUACCAAAACCGGGGAGAGUGGAUACUUCUAUUGAGAAUAUAUGCGGUCCGGGUGCCGACCCUGCCUUCGACCAACUGCUUGCGUCUCUUGGUCAUGUCAGCCGGCGAGACCCUAGCUCAUUGAUCAGUUCCGUGGUCAAUUGGAGGAAGGAGAAGAGGGAUGUCAUGAACAAAUUGGCGGAGGCGAAUGUCAUGCGGGAGUCGACCAAUCCAACGCAGCGACCGACCAACGGCUCCAUGUCGGUGCCAAUUUCCCCGCCAGUACCGCAGGACGUCGAUAAGAUCGAAUACACCGCAGCAGUGGCGGAACGGAGAUCUUUGACGUCUAUCUACAUCCUCUGUCGGGUGUUGAUUGCAGUCCUGGGACAGACAACGUUGAAAGACCUCAACCGCCGUGACAAUACUGCGGCACGCCUGGAGGAGGUCAUCUAUGGUCAGCUCCAGCUCGCCGACCCGGAGCAGCAAAUGUCGUCCAUGUACAAAAGAGCAAACUGGACCAUAAGAGGUCAAGUGGUCGGUGUCAUGAGCGGCCUCAGGUUCAAAGAGGUCGCGCACAGGUAUCUUGCGGAUCUCGACAAGGCCCACAAAAGAUUAUCGAUCAAAGGACUGAACGACACCCGACUUGCAGCGAAGACCGCAUUGCUGGUUCAGAGCAUGCGAUGGCUGAAGGUCCAGACGUUUCCGGAAGAAGCCUGGCUAAAUUCGUGCGAGAUGCUGCACACACUCGCCAGAUACUUUACUGAGGUCCACGGCCGAGUCAUGAAGUAUGCGUACGCUCAGCUCUUCGAGGCUCUCUUGCUUCCCAUCGCCGGGACAGCUACAUCUGAAUUGAACGUGCGGACAUGGCGAGACGUGCUCAACAUCGUCCAGCCACGGGUGUCGCAGAUGCUCCCUAAGGCGGAUCAUUGGCCUCAUGUGUUUCCUCUACAGGCUGUUCUGCUCUGCGUCUCGCCAGCCGACCAAUUUGCGACUCAAUGGCUGCCCUUGGUGGCGUCCUUCCAACCCAAAGCAAGAGACAGAUCAGCGAGAUCGCACGCCCUGAAAGCCAUCUGCCGCUUGGUCUGGCGCUAUCUCUACCGCCACAACGAGUCUCACAACGCGAUAGCGAAGAAGCUGGACGAGGUUAUUAAGCUCGUCUUCCAAGGCGGGAAGCGGGUUCUCAUCUCUACCGAUCCGAUCAUAGCUGAUCCGCUGAUCCAGUUGAUACGGAUCAUUGGCUUCAAGCACCAGGACUUGUGCUUCAGGUCGAUCAUCUUCCCUCUGAUGAACUCAGAGCAGCUGAUGGACUCUCAGCUGAAGAUCGAGAACCUGGAUCCUGAGAAGACGGUCAUUGCUAUCAGAGCGUUCCUCGCGAUAAUGAGCGAUCUCGAGAAAGGCGAGCCGCCUGCCUUUCCGCAAAGCUUCGAGUGUGACGCCUUGCUUGAUCCUUCCUCCCGUUCGCCCAUAACGCACCGCAGAACGAAAUCUCAAGGCUUUGCAGUAUCCGCCGGCCGGACUGAACGACUAUCACGACCUGUCAUGACCGAGAACUUCAAUGAAGUCUCGAGAGAGUACUACGCAACAUUUUGCAAGAUUUUGGGCAAUCUCACCAUCAUUUGCGACAACACUUUCGGUGGGCAAGCGGUUCUGGAUGAGAAGCUUGCCACACACACACCGAAGACACCAAUGGCCGAAGCGUUUACGUUCAACCGGCGAGACGAAUUGUCGAACCCAACUGAUCUGCGACAGAACCAUUAUGAUCUAUUGUCUGUGGCGGUCGAGGCACUACCUCGCUGUUUCUCCUCGCAGAUCCAGAUCAACCCACUCGUCAAUCUUCUUUGCACCGGGACCGCGCACGUUCAGUCUCACAUAGCGAGUUCUUCGGCCCAGUCAUUAAAGUCAAUUGCGCGCCAGUCACACGCUCAGCCGGUCACCAUUGGAUUUGCUAGAUUCAUCUUCAACUUCGACGACCGAUAUGGGACCGUCUCGGACGGUAGCUUACUUGGACCUGGUCACAUUGAGAACACUUUGCAGCUAUAUGUCGAGCUGUUGCAGAUCUGGAUCGAGGAGAUUGAAGACCGCACUCGAAAGGUAGCCUCGGAGCCUUCAAGCGAGGAGCAGAGCACCCGCCACUUGCCCCUGGACCUCUCCAGUAUUCUGGCCCACGUUGACGAGGUGGAGUCGCAUGGCCUUUUCUUCCUGUGCUCGCCUUCACCAGUUGUUCGAGCGAUCGCUGUCAGCGUCUUGCGCCGGGUGACCAAUUUCGACAAGGCCCUGGGAAAACCGUCUCCUCGAAUCAUCGACAUUCUUGAAGGCAGCCCGGACAAGGUGAUCAGCAUCAAUGAUGAACGUUUGUCGGUCGCUGAGAGGAGUCGUCUGCAAAACGGCUUGCGAAGAGGUGCAUCAAACAGUACGCUGGUCGAGCUUUGCAGCACUGACAUGGGAAACGACUCUAAGCUGUGGAUGAAGAUCUUUCCAAAUCUGGUCCGCCUCAGUUCUGAGGAGUGCCUGCACGCCGUUGCUCUGACAAGAGAACUGGUCUGUCAACGACUGUCGCACAGCCAUAGGUCUGUGUAUGCUCUUGCCGACCCGACCAGGCAAGCAGUGCCUUUUGACCCAGCCUUCCCGAUGGGCAGGUUGAGUACGCGGCCUAUCGUCUCCUCGCCUGAUGUGGUCAUCGAGCAGUGGAAGAUCCACCUCAUCUUCGCCUGCACGACUCUCACAAACAUCGGCAGCAACAAUUUGCAGCCUCCUAAGACAAGCAUGGGUUCUCAGCAUACGCGAAAGAGCUCCAAAUCAUCUACUAGCUCCAGCCUGGACAAGAUCGCAUCGGCGACAGAGCUGUUUGCAAGAGUGGUACGGUUUCUAUCGGUCCCGAAUGCUCAGGUCCGGCGCGCAGCUGUCGAUGGUCUUGGGGCGACGAACGUCACGUUGUUCCACACGCUACUCGAGGCACUGCAGCCUUAUGUCGCCGACUGCAAUGCGGAAGUCAAAGCCAGAAAUGCAGCACAUCAACGCAACACCAACCCACCGAUGAGAAGUCGGAAGACAGAUCACCUGCGGACUGAGACGACUCGUCUAUUGAGCCUUCUGUGCCACCACCUACAUGAUCAGCCAGAGAACGACGACUACGCCCUCACGUAUCUGGUUGACUAUGCUAAGUACACCCGCCUGUUCCUGAGCGACGCCGAAGUACAAGCCGAGUUUGACUUUCAGAAGCUGAGAACUUACUUCUGUACUAUGACUGAAGGCAUCUAUGAAUACGUACGGAAAGUGAAGGAGCCGUCGCGAUAUAUGUCAUUUCAGUCAAGGCAGGCAACUUUCUCGCUCAUCGAGAACUGGUGUGGAUUCUCGCCGAACGAAUCGCAGAUACGAAAGCGUGAAGACCAUAUUCGCCGCUCGAUCCUCGAACGUGAGCUCGACCUGAAGAAUCGGGGCGUGAUGAAUUCAGCAUUCGAGAAAGAGAAGAGUGAGCUGCAACUUGCUGCGCUGAACGCCAUGGCGACAUUGUGCUCCGGCCCGCUCACCUUCACCGCUGACAAUCGGACACUGAUGCAUUUCGACGUUCGACGCAUGCUCGCUUGGAUACACAUGAUCUUUGAAACUCCAAGUGAUCGGAACCACAACAUUGGUCGCAAAGCGCUGCACAACCUGAUCGUCCAUAACAUAGACGAGCCUUCUCUGAUCGCUCAGGCUAUGCGGAUGUGCUACACGUCGAAGAACCCGAAAGGUCUGGCCAGCUACUUCGAAGUCAUCAAUCGGGUGUUUACUGAGGAGGGUGACACCCCAAUUCCGUACUGGAAGGUCCUUUGCGCCGCGCUGUUCAUUCUUGGAAAUGAGGACAGCGACAUCAGGAUGAAGUCUGCCAGGCUUCUCCGGCUAUUCGAGCAACGCCAGAACACCACUUCUAAGCUGCAGGAUCUGGAUAUCAGUGUGUCCGACAAGACAACAGCGGUCUACAAGCUCGCGCAGUUCGAAGUGUCCCGCCGACUGGCGAAGCAGCACCCAGGGCUCGCCUUCCACAUCUUCUCUGAAUUCUCUGCAUACUUCAAGGAAUUGGAGCCUGACCAUCAACGUAAUAUGGUCACGGCGAUGCUGCCCUGGAUCCAAGAGAUACAUCUCAAGGUGGACCCGGCUGGAGUUCCUACCGCAACAACCUACAUGCUCCUCGUAAAUCUAUUCGAGAUCACCGCCAAGAGCAGCAUAACACUGCACAAUGAGAUUCAAGCACUUUGGCAAGCCCUGGCCACUGGCGAGUAUGGCGGCAACGUGCUGCUUGUCUUGCAAUUCAUCCUAAAAAUCUGCCUUGAUAAGAAGGAACAAGGCUUCAUCCACUAUGCCAAGCAGAUAGUGGUGUUCUUGUCGCAGACGCCUGCUGGCUUCAGAGUCGUUGACCACCUGUUGCUGCAGAUCGGACCGCGGAACAUGGCAAGCGACAGCUCGCAUCACGUUCAAGUGCCCUAUGAGACGGGUGCCCUGCCGUACGUCGCCGACAUCAGCAACGUCGUUCCUGGUGGUGGCAAAAUACACGGACUGUCGCUUGGCCAGCUAUGCAUGACCUUGAUGGUGGAUCUCGUCGUCUCACCGUUCACGCUGCCGGUGACGCAAUUCGUCCCACUGCUUCACAUCGUCCUUGUGCAGUGGGACAGCCAGAUCGACAUCGUCCAGGACCAAGCGCGGGAGAUGCUGGUACAUCUCAUCCACGAGCUUGUCAUCUCCAAAGUCUCACCAGAAAGGCCAGAUAUCGACUUCAAGAGCAUCGAAGACUUUAUCGAGUCGGUGCGCCGCAAAGACCAGCAGAUCGCUUGGCCUUAUGGCGAUGUCGAAGGCCGCGCAGCAGAAGACGAUACGAGUCUACUGCCGGAGGCAAUGGCGUAUGUGAUCGAAGAGCUCGUCAAGAUGUUCUCGACGGCGUACACUGGUAUCAGGGAAGAGUGGGCCAAGGUUAGCAUGCACUGGGCGGCGUGUUCCAACGUGCAUGUUGCGUGCCGCUCUCUCCAGGUGUUCCGGUGCAUGGAGAUAAAGGCCGACCGGAUCAUGCUUGCGGACCUCGUUGGAAGGCUGUCGAGUACCAUUGCUGACCUGGACUCGCGGCAUGUCCUACGAUACUCGCAGGAAACUCUUACCACGCUGCGCACCUCUGUCGCUGCUCUGACUACGCAAGAGCUUCUGCUGUGCCCAGAAGUCUUCUGGGCGAGCUGCGCGUGCCUCGAGACAGUGUACGAGAAAGAGUUUCAAGAAGCCUUGGCCAUCCUCAACCUGCUUCUCGACAAGGUGGACCUCAGCGAUGAAACGGUCCUGCAGAUGCUGGUGGAAGCUAGGCCGGCUGUGGAGGGCCAAUCGUCCUUCAAAACUCUGCACGAGCUAGCUCGCAAGGGCAUGCGGUCGAGCAACUCGAUGGGCCAGUCGUUGGCUACCAUGGAAAGACUCACCAAGCUCCCAGGGAGUCACAUAGUUGGCAGAGACGAGCGGCUGUUCUUCACGGUCCUGGCAAAUAUGCCAAGAUACCUGAACCACUUCGACGAGAGCCGCGCCGACUACUCGAUACUGCAGUCAGCUGAAGUCUUAGCGGCAGCUGCCGAUGGUCAGAAUUUGAUCAACCUGGGACGAGCGCUUCGAGGCUUCGCACAGUCCAAGCAUCGUUUGGGGGAUGACUUCUUGGCUCAGUGCACAGCAGCGCUUGUCAAGGUGAAUACCCACGACCAAGAAUUCUCGAGCCUAGUUUUCUUGAUGGGCAUGGCCAACAAUCAGUGUUCUUGGUUCAAGGUGAAGACAAUGGAAGUGCUGUGCAGGAUCAUGCCAGCGAUGGACAUGCGCAGUCCGGAGAUAGCUUUGCAUGGGCCAGAUUUAAUCUCACCACUGCUUCGUCUGUUGCAGACGGAACAUUGCCAGCAAGCGCUCGAUGUACUGGAUAAUGUGAUGGACAUGUCAGGCACUCCGAACGACAGCAAGCAUCUCCGUAUGAGCAUGGCAGGCUCGCACUCGAGCUUGGCAACCAGAAAAGAGUACGAGAACACCAAGAGCUUGUACGGCAUUCCCGAGCAGUCGGGUUGGUCGGUGCCCACUCCCGCGAUAUACUCCACACGGACGCGCAGCUUCCUAUCGCGGCUUGGGCAGAGCAUGAUGGUGGCGGAUGGAACCAGUAUGACGGUAUCCACACCGGAGCUCGAGUUCCAAGCCGAUGAUCACGACUCGUACUUCACUCGGAGCACGGUGGCUAUAUCUGGAGCAUCCACUAUCGACGGCAACAUGGGCGAGCUUGCAGAUCAACUUGACGAUCUAGAUGACUUUUUCGACGAUCAGACGCCCUCGCCCUUGCGGACGCCAGAUCUGGCGAGACACCCAAGCACACUCAUCGAAGAGCGCGAGGCCUUGUAUGAUCAGCAGGCCUUGCCAAUUCUGCACAAGUCGCUGAAGAGAAACACGAGCGUGACCUCGUUCCAGCACGGGCUGGCCGACUUCCGUUACCCACAACAGCCCGCAGUGAUGAACCCAGCGGCCUUUGCGCAGAACGAGGCUCUGCCCGUCAGACCUGGCCUGCACAACCGAUCCAUCACCACUCCAGUCAUGCACAUCGAGCAAGGACGCGGGCAGCCGCAGAACGGCAUGUCGGUGAGUCGCGAGUCGAGCGAUGGGCAGGAACCCUUUUCCGACGACGAAGCAUCCAUCGGUCGAGCUCACACGGCCGACGAGCCGUACCACAUGCACAGCGGACCGAAGCCCCCGACAACAAGCAGCAAGCCGGGGUGGAGAGGCGCGAUACAAAGACGGCUCACGAGCAGCAGCAACUCCAAAGAGGCCAGGGAGGCUCUCAAGGCUACCACGAGUCUCCCGCUGAAGAGUCCGAAGCUGCCGCCAAAGGUACCGAUGACGUUCUUGAACAGUUCCGCAAGCGAGGAUUCAUGA